AUUUAAUUACGGUAAAUUGGGCUAGGAUCCGUUUUGAAGGUGUUUUUGGGUGUUUAGUCCAACCUAAUGUGUAAUAGUGGUGAAGGUCCAUUACUGUACAUUUAUUAGGUCUACAAUCCAUUUUUAGACGAAAAUGCCCUGACUAGGUGUACUAUAUAAUGUUUUAUUUUUUAGUUUUUCAAUGUUACCGAAAGAGAAGGGUCAACCUGUUCGUCCAGGAAAACCCGCGGACGCUGCCGACGCUGGUGGUAGAGCUGGCGAUGCAGACCAACGCUCUGCAACGGGAAAUGAGCGUGGGGAUGGUAGGAUCGCGCUCGAGUGCGAGAAGCGGCCGGAACGGGACAGGACAGAGUUGCUGCAGGAGCCCCUGUGGAACAUGUACUGCAAAGGGAAGAAGUCCGGGUACGGGGUGAAGAGGGAGGCCACGGAGGAGGACUUGCAGAUAAUGGAAUUGCUGAGGGCAGUUUCGAUGGGGGCCGGGGUUUUGCCCGGGAAAUCCGACGUGGAAGGGCCGGACGGCGAGCUGGCGUACAUGAGGGCCCACUUCGAUUUUUGCUGUGUUCUUCUAUUUUUGUAUUUAUAGAGUUUAUUUGCUGAGAUAGCGUUAUCUAUUGCUGCUUUAUUCUGGUAGAUACUGAAAUUGUUUUUUGUUGAGAUAACAUUAUCUAUUGCUUUAUUCUGGUAAAUACAAAAAUUAUUGUUGCUGAGAAA